AUGAGAAAGUCAGACAAAAACCCCAUGUGUGUGAUCUUCAAAUUGGUGCGGUGUUUUGGACAAGGAACAAAUGGGUAUGUACAAUUGGGCCAUAGCCCAAUAGGGCUAUUACCAAAGGGUCAUUUGGCAGUGUAUGUGGGUGAAUCUGAAGAUGAGAAGCAACGUGUAUUGGUACCGGUUACUUACUUUAAUCACCCUCUUCUUGGGAAGCUAUUGGAGGAUGCUGAGAAAGUUUAUGGAUUUGAUCAUCCGGGUGUAAUAACCAUACCAUGCAGAGUCUCUGAGUUUGAGAGAGUUCAGAAGAUUAUUGCCACCACUAGAGGCUACCAUAGAUGCCUUAGAAUUUGUUGCUCCAUCAAGUAG